CAGGACUUUUUUUUUGAAUCUCAACCUGACCUCAUUAAUGAGAUUUGAACGUUUUAGGGUAAAGUUGGAUGCUGGGCUGAUGUGGGGCUCAGGAUCAGGGACAAUGACAGUGAAGGUUUUAUUGUAAAGUCAACUUUGAAGAUAGUAGAAAUAGAUGUUGAUGUAUAGUUUUUAUCAAGGUGAACGUGCAGCCUAAAUCAAAACAACUGGAUCGCGUGAGUCUUGAACAUACUUUGCUAAGAUGCAGAAAAUAUAACACUAAAUAUUGUAGACAGAAUUAUCACGCUACGGGUUUAUACCAUGGUUUAUACCCAAGAAUAUGAAUGAAGAGGGCGGUAACUCGCCGGUGGCCAAAAACCAUAGAAGAAGACGCAGCUGCAGAAGAAGAAGAAGAAGAGAGGAAGAGGAAGGAGAGUGCAGCAGCCAAUCCCGCUUCACGCUGUUGGUCACCCGGGAGAAACAAAAUUAAAGAUGCUGUCCACUGGAGAUGUUCACGGUCACCUGCGUAAACUGGAAAAAUUCCUGCGGCUGAUAAAGUACCCCGGAAAUGUCGACUACAACGGUCUUUCCAAAGGAGAUCCCUCAGCUUUUCUACCAAUCGUGAACUUCACCUUCACCUCCUUCUCUCCACCUUUUGCUGAGCAGCUAGUGGCAGCUGGACUAGAGCUGACUGGCAAAACGGAUCUCCGCUUCAUUGACACUCUUUAUAAGGCACUACGAGAUAUCUUCAACUAUAAGCCCAUACUGACCAAGCAGCAGUUCCUCCAGUGGGGUUUCUCUCAAAGGAAAAUCUCUGUCAUUUGUGAUAUCAUUGACUUGGUCCUACAGAGACACAGCCAACUGAAGAAGCCCAGAGUCAGAUGCCCAACCUCACACAGGGAUGGAAGAGGAGAAGGUCAUCCAACGCUGACUGAUGCAGACACUGUCUUGGGGAAGCCAUUUGUUGUGAAUCACAUAGAAAAUCCUUCUUCUUUUCCCACACACUCCUCCCAUGCAGAAGCACUCGCCUCCCAUUUUGUAACCUGUACCUCUCAUGAUGAAGUCCACUCCUCCAGUUCUUCUGAAAACAGGAUCAUAGAGCAGGCAGAAGGGGAAGAGGACGAGGAUAACAUUCUUCAUUUGUCAGAGGUGGAAAGAAGGCUCUCAGCAUUGGAAGCACAACUUGAAUGUCUUCUGUCUGGACUGGACAGACUCAGCAUCCUGGAGAAGCGUCUGGAGGAACUUGAGAGAUGGAGACAAACUGACAAGAAUGGAGGACAAGUCAUCACUAUAUCCAGAGAGAGCUGGGAAAAUCUGAUGAGUAGAGUCCUGUUACUGGAAACUAAAGUGGAAUUGAGCAACAUACAGUUAAAUGCCCCGCCACCGUGUCCAUCAUCUACCACCUCCUAUUCUUCCAGCCCCACACCUGAUACUUCAAAGGAGGAGCUCAAGGACAAGCUCGAGAGUAUCACCAACAUGCUGAGGAGCACCUCCAAUCUGUUGAAGAACACUGAAUCCUCUACAGCAGCCUGCACAUAAAUUAUGUGAAAUGAUCACACUACAGUCUUGGCACACUUCUCUGUCUUCUUGGCACUGGCCUUUGUCCUUGGCCAUUAAACCUAAUUAUGACCAUUA